UUGUAUGGAGUAAAUGGAUGGAUGCCGAUCCAAGUUACAUUUUACAUGGACGAUUUGAGAAGGACGAAUUUUACAAUAAUUUCCAAAAUUUUUUAAUUAAUCUUCGUCGCCAUCCCAACGGCUUUUUCGGGACGCUGAAAUUUUUUAUGAUGAAAGGUGGACCAAGAGAAAAAAAAAUCAUUCCAAGUUUCUCUUUGGACCUGACAAGACGUGCAACGCGUUGCUGCUCUCGAACAUCACGUACAAAAAUAAUUCUUCGCACUCUAACAAAAAUCAAAUUAACCUUUAUCUUUAGUGAAACAACGAAGUGAAUUUACAAAAUGGUGGAGAACGACAACUCUGAAAAUCAAGGAGGAGAUGAACCAGCAGCCCCCCGACGCAAUCCGCAUCGAGCUGUGCGAGACAAGCCACAAGUGACUGGUGAAGGGGGUGAAGGGGGCGAGGGGGGCCCUGCUGCUGCCGGAACGUCUAAAAAGCGCCGAAGCAGCAAGAAACGUGCAGAUGCUGGCAAGAAGAAAAGGGCUCCCAAGAAGGCAGCCGCUGGAAAAAAGAGGAAGCACCAACCAUCAAAGAUUGCUGAUGAACCCGCUGGAGAUGCUGGCGAUGCAGUGCCAGGUGAUGAAGGGACUGCCAAACGAGGCAAGAAAAAGUCAAGCUCCCAAACCAGCAAAAAGAAGCAUAAGUCCCCAGCUCAGAAAAAGAAGAAGCAUUCACAAAGUCAGGCCGGAAAGAAGAAGCGAAGUCAUUCUCAAGCCGGUGCAGGAAAACGUCGCCGAAGCAAAAGCAGUGGGGCUGAGAAAAAGAAACGAAGCCACACUGCAGCUCGGGCACAAAAGAAGAAGCGAAGUCAAGCCGGCGCAGGGAAAAAGAAGCGAAGUCACACUGCAGCUCGGGUACAAAAGAAAAAGCGGAGCCAUUCUCAGGCCGGCGCAGGAAAGAAGAAGCGAAGUCAAGCCGCCGCGGGGAAACAUCGCCGAAGCAAAAGUGGAGCUGAAAAGAAGAAGCGAAGUCACACUGGAGCUCGGGCGCAAAAGAAGAAGUCUCAAGCCGCCGUAGGGAAACGUCGCCGAAGCAAAAGCAGUGGGGCUGAGAAAAAGAAACGGACCCACACCCAAGCUCGCGUACAAAAGAAGCGAAGUCGUACUGCAGCUCGGUCCACUGCUCAAGCUGGAAAGAAACGCAAGCAUUCAGCUCCCAAAUCCACCGCUGCGAAGAAACGUAAGCGUUGGCCAUCAAAAUCUGCCGCUGCGAAGAAACGUAAGCGUUCGCCAUCGAAAUCCGCCGCUGGAAAAAAGCGACGCCCCUCGCCCAAAGCAGUGGCUGAAAAGAAACGCAAACGCGCCCCGAAAGCGCAGGCCGACAAGAAGAAGCACGCUGCCGCUGGCAAGAAGCGUUGACACGUUCCUUCUUAGAAUGGGAAAGCUGCUUCAAUCUACAAACAACUUGAUAUCAACACUAGUCAAUAUAUAUCAUCCAAUAACUAAUAUAAAUCUUCCCUUUCUGCGAAAUUGAGCAAUAAUCUGAUUCUUGUAUUAUCAUGGUAAGAAUGAAUCUGUAAAAUUCUAUAUUCUGCUCAAAUAUAAUUCGAAUAAUAAUGUCAUGAACUGAAUAAAAAUAUUAUCAUUUGCAAGACAU